AUGCGGUUAGACGAUCUACGAACCCCACCCCUGGCCCUCGUCCUCGCCCUCGGCGUGGACGACGUGCAGGAAGCAAAGAUUAAGGAUGUUUUCGCUCAUUCGCGUCCGCCGAUGGAAUUAAUCUCUCGACCGUGUCUCGACGACGCAAAGGACGCACUGAAGAGCCGAGGGCGGAAGCGAAGUGUGCGGGCAUCUCUGAGGGAAUCUCGCGGGGGGGCGGGAGCGUCGGGGGUGAGACUGGACGCGAGUGGGGGCGAAUACGCGGAUCAACGCGCGCGCGGGACGAGUUCGGACUCGACCACCGAGCUGGGCGGACAUCGACGAUCGGUGAAUUUGCGUGGGAUUUUGCGACGGAGGUGGUUGACGAAACAUCGAAGGGAGAGAGCGUCGGUGGUGAUGGCGGUGAUCGAGAACGAGUCGCUGGAGAACGAGGUGGGCACGAGACGUGCGCUCGAGAGUUCGUUGGAGCGCUUGUACGGAUUGGCGCACAACGCGGGCGCGGCGUGUUGCGUCGUCGUCGUCGCGCGUGGGCCGGGUUUACCGGAUUACUUGCCGGAGGAUAAGGCUGUGGUGAUCAGGCAGACUUUGAGGGUGGAUAAUCGAUCAAUCGUGACGCUGAACACGGCGCAAGGGCAGGAUUGGAGUCGCGCUGCGCGCGUAGCGCAGGAGCUGUCGGUGAAAGUGUACGAGGGCGAGUGCGAGCGUAUGACGGCGCUCUCCGAGGAAUCGGCGUGUCCAGCGGCGCUCAGGGUACGGUACAUGUUCAAAGCUGGGGCGUACGCGGAGUUUAGAGGGGAUUGGACAACAGCGGCUCGACGGUAUCGAGCGUCGUAUGAAGCGAUUCCAAACGUGACGCAAGACAUGUCCCCGCAAGACAUCAUCGAGACGCUCGAGGUGAGCGAGGUCUUACAUGUUAAGCUAUGUGUGUUACUUCUGCACAGUGGUUCUCCCACGGAGGCGGUGCGUCAGAUCGAGGAGCACAUGCGACGAUGGUCGAAGUCUCCCCUCAAGGCGUUACCGCGCGAGGCGCUGCCGAUGUUUCAUCAGUGGCGUGCGACGCAAUACGACGUCUUUGGAGACUUGCUCGACGCCCGUAUGCCAUCACCCGCUCCCAUGGGGACGCCUCGCACGCAUCUUCCGGCAUUUUACUUUCACGCCGCGGCUCGAUGCUCGGUGGAGAGGCGUCGAGCUUUCGACGACGUCGCUGACGCGAGCGACGCCCCGACGCUGGACGUCAAGGUUGAGCCCGGAUCCUUCGUGGGACAGAUGAAAAUCGCUGGCACAGAUGACGAGCCACUAAGCGCGGAGCAAUACGUGGUGUACCUUCGCGUGAAGGAUACGCGAGACGACAUCUCACGCGAGACAAUUGAGCUCCUGACCAAGGCGCACGAGCACUACAAGACGAACGCGGCUGGUCUUAUCGGCGCUCGAUCCUUCGCUGCACUCAUAUGCGAACUCGCCGACGAGUAUCUACACGCCGGAGAUUACGAGAGCGCACAAAAACUCUUCAACACCGUCGCGGUGGUGUACAGGCGCGAACAUUGGAAGGAACUCCUCUGCUCAGUCCUCAUGAACCUCAAGGCGUGCGCUACGGCGCUUCGAGACGAAGAAGCGUACCUGAACAUCUGCCUCGAAAUGGCGGCCCUAGGAGACGAGACUACCGAGCACGCCGCGGCGGCGCUUGCGGCGGCGCUCGCGGCGAUGAAUGAAGCGUGCGAUGAGGACGAGGACACUCCGACGAUCACAUGCGAGGAGAAUCUCGGGAAUUUGUUCAUCCUCAAGGCUGGUUUCUCGAGCGUCGAUUGCGUUCCGGGAGAACCCGUGCAAUUCCACGUCGCGCUUAGAUCCAACCUCGCUGGCGAUGUUAAGGUAACGCACAUCGACGUUGACUUCACAGAACCCGACGCAUACGAGUGGAGCGAUUCAACACCUCGAACACUUCGCUUGAAGGAGUGGAAUAAGCUAUCAUUCGAAGUGGUACCAAAGUGCGGACACAUAUGCGAAGCGUACUCCCUGACGCUGACGCUAGAUUCCGGAUACGAACUCGUGCUGCCGAUCAACAAUCAGACGAGUGAUUGCACUGCAGCGAAUCGGGAUUAUGAGAGCUUACCGGCGUCUGUUCUGAAAACGCGAAUCAAGACGCACGUGCUCGAUGUGAGCGAUGCGCCGCCUCGUGCGACGAUUUCCAUAAGGACGCCCGACGGACCGGCACUCGUAGGUGAGAUGUCUCGCGUCGUCGUCACCGUCAUGAGCGUCGCAGACGAGCUCGAAGAAGCUGAGCUUGUUCUCGCGGUGACUGAAAACGACCAGCCUUCGAAACAUGUGCAAAUUCUCACUGACGAAGGCGACGAGAUCAAAGCGGGUAAAAUUAUCAUCGGCGACGUAGCGCUGCACGCGAAGUGGACCGGGAUGAUUUGCCUAAGAUGGACGGGUGAGUGUCCUCCAGCGGCACUGCAUGCGUCGCUCACGGCGAAACGAACAGGCGCACGCAUGACGGAGAAGUUCAAAGACAAGCCGCGAACGGCGCCCGUGGAAAAUGUCGCGCAAAUCUCAUGUGAUGAUCCAUUCGUCGUGAAGAGAGCGUACCUCCCGGCGUAUCGACAAUCGCCGUUGGUUCUUCAAGAGGACAAAUGUUCAAAGUCGCCACCGCUGGGAACAAUGUUGGCCACUCUUCACGUCGGUGGUCCGACCGAAAUUGCGUUGGACGGAGUGCAGAGCUACGAUACGAAGGACGCUUCCAACGAAGCGGCGGUUACGAAAACAGAAACGAGCGUCGACGCGACGCUUCAGAAAGGGGACGCCUUUCUUCACAUCAUACCACUUCGGGCACAGGAACACGGAGAGGACUCCAUUCGCGUGAAGUGGCAUCGAGCGCACGGCGACUCGAGGUGCAAAGACGGCAUUCCGACCAUCAUUUUGAACGAGUAUCGGUUACCAAACGUGACGGGUUCAAAGCCUCCGCUCGUCGUUGAGCUCAAGUGUCCACCGAAGCUCUUCAUUGGCGAGCCAUUCACGUAUGAAGUUCGCGUGACGAACACGACGACCUUGAAUCACGACAUCAAGAUCGCAGUUACCGAUAGCGCUGGAUUUGUGUUUUCGGGCUACAGACGCACGACAAUGUAUGUGCCUCCGCUGUCGAACGCGUCUCUGUACCUGCUGCUCGUGCCUGUUAGCACCGGAGAGAUGAUGCUUCCCGAACUCGCUCUGAGCGCAGAGAGAUUAUCAGCAAAGUUUGUGCCGCCGAUUGAAUCGAGACGAGUGUACGUGCGUCCCACACACUAG